GAAGGGGACUGUUUGCUCCUACGGGCUGUAGAUGGAGCUGUCCGGCCCCGGCGAGGGGGAAGGCGCCUGGAAAACGUUCUUCUUCUCCCUGGCCGGCCCGAGCGGGGGAACAGCGCUCCCAGGAUGCAGUUUGUGUCAACACGGCCGCAGCCUCAGCAGCUGGGCAUCCAGGGCCUGGGGCUGGACAGCGGGAGCUGGAGCUGGGCGCAGGCCCUGCCCCCGGAGGAGGUCUGCCACCAGGAGCCGGCGCUGCGCGGGGAAAUGGCCGAGGGAAUGCCGCCCAUGCAGGCUCAGGAAUGGGACAUGGACGCCCGGCGACCGAUGCCUUUCCAGUUCCCACCCUUCCCAGAUCGGGCCCCCGUCUUCCCCGACCGCAUGAUGCGAGAGCCCCAGCUACCCACGGCAGAGAUCUCACUCUGGACCGUGGUGGCCGCCAUCCAGGCCGUGGAGAGGAAGGUGGACGCCCAGGCCAGCCAGCUGCUCAACCUGGAGGGCCGGACGGGGACGGCCGAGAAGAAGCUGGCCGACUGUGAGAAGACGGCUGUGGAGUUCGGGAACCACAUGGAGGGCAAGUGGGCCGUGCUGGGGACCCUGCUGCAGGAGUACGGGCUGCUGCAGAGGCGGCUGGAGAACAUGGAGAACCUGCUGAGGAACAGGAACUUCUGGGUCCUGAGGCUGCCCCCGGGCAGCAAGGGCGAGGUCCCCAAGGUUCCAGUGACCUUUGUGGACAUCGCUGUUUACUUCUCCGAGGACGAGUGGAAGAACCUGGAUGAAUGGCAGAAGGAGCUUUACAACAACCUGGUUAAGGAGAACUACAAAACCCUGAUGUCCCUGGACUCGGAGGGACCCGUGUCCAAGCCAGAAGCCCCAUCUCAGGCUGAGCCCCGGGAAGAGCCCUGCGUGUGGGAGCAGCGUGACCCAGAAGAGAGAGAGAUCCUCAUGGAUCCAGACACAGGAGCAGAGCCCCUGGGGCCGGCACCGGACGCGUCCUCUCAGGUGAAGCGGGAGGAGGCCCUGUGCGCCCGGGCUCAGCGGGGCCUGGAGGAGAGAGCCAUCCCCACGGAGUCCAUAACCGACUCACCGGCCUCCGCCCAGGAUCUCCUGUCCCGGAUCAAACAGGAGGAGCCCCCGUGCGUGUGGGACCAGCAGGACUUGGCGGAGAGGGACAUCCCAACAGACCCCAACUCAGAGUCUCUGAUCUCCGCCCACGAUAUCUUGUCAUGGAUAAAGCAGGAGGAGCAGCCGUACCCGUGGGGCCCACGCGACUCCAUGGACGGGGAGCUCGGGUUAGACUCUGGCCCUGGUGACAGCCUGCUGAUGGUGAAGAACCCGGCCCCGCCGCCGCCGCCGCCGCCGCCGCAGCCCGCCCCGCCGAGCCUGCCCCCGCUGCCCGCGCCCCCGGAGGACGCGGGCGGCCCCCCGAGCCGCGGCGGGGGCGCGCUGCUGGACGACGGCUUCCCUGCGCUGCCCGGGGAGCGCGGUGCGGGCGGCGAGGGCGGCGGGGGCGCGGGUGGCGGCGGUGGCGGCGGCGGCGGGGGCGUGGGGGCUGCGGGCGGGGGUCCGGGCGGGGGCUGCGGCAGCUGCUGCUCCCCGGGCGGCCUCCGGCGUAGCCUCCUCCUGCACGGCAGCGGCGGCGGCGGCGGCGGCGGCGGGGCGCGCAGCAAGCCCUACUCCUGCCCCGAGUGCGGCAAGAGCUUCGGCGUGCGCAAGAGCCUGAUCAUCCACCACCGCAGCCACACCAAGGAGCGGCCGUACGAGUGCGCCGAGUGCGAGAAGAGCUUCAACUGCCACUCGGGCCUCAUCCGCCACCAGAUGACCCACCGCGGCGAGCGGCCCUACAAGUGCUCCGAGUGCGAGAAGACCUACAGCCGCAAGGAGCACCUGCAGAACCACCAGCGGCUGCACACGGGCGAGCGGCCCUUCCAGUGCGCGCUGUGCGGCAAGAGCUUCAUCCGCAAGCAGAACCUGCUCAAGCACCAGCGCAUCCACACGGGCGAGCGGCCCUACACGUGCGGCGAGUGCGGCAAAAGCUUCCGCUACAAGGAGUCGCUCAAGGACCACCUGCGUGUGCACAGCGCCGGAGGCGGCGGCCCCGGUGGCGGUUCGGGCCUGGGCGCCCCGCGGCCCCUGCAGCCGCCGCCCGAGCGAGACUAGGGCCUGGCGGCGGCGGCGGCGGCGGCGACAGGAGCAGGGCCGGGGCCGGGGGGCGGGGAUGGCGGGGCGAGCCUGGGGGGCGCGUCCUGAGGCUCCCCCCGUCCCCCACCACCACGAUCCCGCCCUCGGUUCUCUGGGCGCCUUCCCUCCCUCGAGCCGCCACCUGCUGGAAAUUGGGAACAGGAAUUGCACUCCAGACAGGGGUUCCCCUGAGGGUGGGAGGGGCGGGCGGGAGUCCCCUAGACCUGUCCGGCCGAAGGGGCAGCCCAGCUCUUCUCACGGGGUGGACCGAGGGGCUUCCUCCCGCAGGGACGGUCCUUGAAAGGACAGCGAGGAGGCCAGCACACACCCCCACCACCCCUCGGGCACCUAGUCUGCCCAUUUGGCCUCUGGGCUCUGGGGUCUCAGAUCGUGGUCAGGGAAAGUCACCCGGGAGUCUCAGACCCCUGCCGAGAUCAAGAAAUAGGGUCCUAAGGGUUAAAGCGACCCUAAAAAAGGAAGACGAGGUGUCCAGGUGAAAGAGGAGGGACGUGCUAAGGGGUGGAUCUCCGUGAUGACAACACUGCCUCGCGUUUGAAUAGCGCUUUAUACUUUUUUUAAAAACAAACACGUUUUUCUAUCCGUUAUCGACUUUCACCCUUAGCCUGUCCCUCUGAGGUAGGUGGGGUCGGAAUUUCCGACUGGAUAGCUGAGGAAGGGGAGACAUAGCUGAGAUGGUUUAGAGGGGCGGGCAAGGGACCAGGGCCAGGCCUCCAGCGGAGUGUCCACCCCACCACACACGCGCUGCCUACCUCUGGAACUGGAGAGACCUCUGUGGCCUGGUCUCUCUGCCCCUGACCCACCACACAUAAAUCAGAAGCAACAGGGGGCCCACUCAUAGGGUCAUGGGGCGGGGAAUGGGGAACGGGUUGACUACAAAAUGCCCCAGGAAUGUGCUUCUGGAAGGUUCUCGGUGUUGGGGCACUGCUGGGUGGGAGGGAGGUCCCCCCCGUCGGACCCCCAACCUGUCCCUCCCACGUUGGCCCCUCAAUGUGGUGCCCCUGGCCCUCCGGAGGCAGCUGGUGCCCCAGCUCAGACCUCGUCCUGACAAUUUCCCCCUUUCCUGGGGACACGCGGGGUGAGGUUGAGGCUCCUACUGCCAGAGCAGCCAGGCAGGAAGUGAGUCUCAUCCCAGGAGGGCCCGGGCCAGUAGGUGCUAGCCUCUGAGAGCCUCUGUCUCUCUCCUGCCCUGAGCCUCCCAACUGGUGCUAUCUGUUAACCGGCCAUGCCCCGUGGACUCGGACACAGACCCUCCUGGGCUCCAGACCCUGCAAGCGCCUGCGGGGGGUAGGGGGUGGCCCCCAGGGGACUCCCCACCAGUCGGUGCAUCUCUUCCGUGGUCCUGAUGGGCCACAGUCUCCAUUUCUGCGUCUUGCAUGGCCAGGCACUGGGGUGGGGUGGCGCGCCCCAGGCCCCUUGUUUGCGUCAAGAAUGACUUCUGCUCCUCCCCUGGAUCCCAUUUCUCUCCCAGCCGGGGGGGCCACAGUUCUUGAGUGCUCUGCCUCUGCCCCUCCCCUCAUCUGUGCCGCUCUGCUUUCCUCAGACCCCUUUUUGCCAUGCAAAGGGAGUUCCUGAAAUUAAAUAAAAGGUGUCCAGAUCGCAGACUGCAUGUUCACAAGGCUGGAGGGUUCUCCAGCGUGGCUUCCUAUAGUAAACCCUCAAUGAACUGGAA